AUGGCUCUGAUCAGCACUGCACCGCUCGUCGCUACGGAGGUGCUUGUUCCCAAGCAGCUCCCCACCCGUGAGCUCUUACGUGAUGCCUAUGCAUACUCUCUCGAACCAGUCUGGACUCAGGACUACAUCUCUUCCAACCUGACUCGCAACCUUAUGAAUGUCAUCGCCAAUAUCACCGGAAAGCCACCAACAUUCCGAGUCGGAGGCAACACUGGUGACCAGACAUACUAUCAUCCUGAGCUGAAUGUUUCGGCUGUGGCAUUACCGAACACGACCGUCACAAACACUUUCAACAUCAGCAAUGCAUGGUUUGAGCAGUGGGGCAGCUAUUUCCCUGACGGAACAGAUUUUCUCUACACCUUGAACCUCAAGGACAACUCGAGUGCGUGGGAGAACGCUGUAAAGGAAGCCGCUGCAGCUUACAGCGUCCUCGGCAACAAGCUCAAGCUGUUUGAGAUAGGCAACGAGAUUGACCACUUCAUCAACAAAGGUUGGCGACCACCAACCUGGGAUGUUGCCAUGUACAUUCAGCAGUGGCGUAGUAUUUCCGAUCAGAUUGUGCAGUCUCCUUGGUACAGGGCAGCAGAACACCCACCGAAAUUCCAAGCUGCUGUCUUUGCCGAUCCUCCUUGGGUGCCCGACCAGCAAGACGAAAUUGACGACUUCGACAUUGUCAACCUCACUCGUGCUGGUUUGACCCAACACGACAAAAUUGGGUCAUAUGCCGUUCAUUUGUAUCCUCAAUCAACCUGCGACACGGCACGCUGGUACCGAUUGAGUCUGGAUCUGCUGUCAAACCACAGCGUACUCUGGCACAAUGUGUCGCAAUAUGUACCACAAGUCGCAGCAGCAGACAAGGCAGGCAUACCACUUGUCUUCGGUGAAACCAAUUCAGCCUCAUGCUCAGGUCGCAGCGGCAUCAGCGACACCUUUGGCGCUGCUCUCUGGAAUGUCGACUAUGUCCUGCUAGCAGCCAGCAUUGGUAUGCCCAAGGUAUACUUUCAUCUUGGGGCCAAUGCCGAGUACUCCAGCUUUGUUCCUCUGCCUUACCAACACAAGAACGAAAGCCUCCAGGCGGGCAUUCGAAGUCUUUUCUAUGGCCAUUACUUCAUGGCGCAUGUACUGGUUUCCGACAAGCAGCAGCAGCGGAUUGCUCAACUUCCCAACGCAAACAGCUCCGACUUCAGUGGGUAUGCCAUCUACUCAUCUACCCACCGUCAUCAAGAUCCACUCAAUAAACUUGUCUUUGUUGAUCUGCAAGUCUGGAACGGCACCGAGGGUCUUUCGAACCCUUCGACUCUCAGCACUACUGACUCGACCUUCCACUCCGCGGGCCAACGUCCCUACCGUGAAGUCUCCAUAACCACGCCAUGGCGCCCGGGCACUCGUCUCGGGGUCAUCCGACUCCAAGCCCCAGGCACAAAUGCAAAGAGCGGGCUCAGCGUUUCUGGCGUCAGUUUCGAGUCACAAAGUGGAGCGCAGGUUGGUGAACUCAACAAGGAAGAAGUAGUGGUUGACGGAGAUGGCCGAGUCUGCUUUCGGAUGCAAUCGUCCGAGGCUAUACUCAUAGAGAAGACUUGA